AUGUUCUCCAAGUUCUGGACCGCUCUGGCACUUGCUGCUAUCAACAUCCACCUCGUUGCCGCAAAGUCUGUUGUGGCGCAUUUCAUGCUCGACAACUCCUAUGCCUACACUGUUGGACAAUGGAUGACUGAUAUGAAGACUGCUCAAAACGCCGGCAUCGAUGGCUUCUCACUCAAUUGGAUCCCCCCAGACUGCAACUCGCCCAGCCGCUCGUGGCAGAUGAGCCGCAUCGACGAUGCUUUCCAUGCUGCCGAAAAGACCGGCUUCAAGCUCAUGUUCUCCUUCGACAUGAGCUACACGACCUGCAACACUUUCUGGAACACGACAUUCAUGACUGACAUGAUAACCAAACACUCUGGCAGCUCGGCCACUAUGCGCUGGAACACCAAUAUCCUCGUCUCUACCUAUGCCGGUGAUAACAACAAUGCUUAUGGCAACCAAUUCUUCCAGGACCUCAAGAACUCUUGCAAGAAUGCGGGCAGCCCUAUCACUCUGGCUCCUGCUCUUGUCUCGUACGCCCAGGCUGCUCAGACCGAUGCACAAAAGUCUGCUGCCAAGAUGAUGACCGACUACCCUGCCAUCGAUGGCUACUUCAACUGGCAAGCAUGGCCCCUCAUGGACUCGAACAUGACUUGCACAGCAGACGAGGCAUUCAAGGCCGCACUCACCAAGAACGGCAAGACGGGACCUUACAUCAUGGCCGUGUCCCCCUGGCAAUACAAGGAUCUUAACAACGGCAUCGCUUCUGACUCUUGGGUCGCCUACUCCGACACUCUCUUCGCGCAGCGUCUCCAAACCAUCGCCACCAACGAGUUCUCCCCCGACAUCAUCGAAGUCCUCACCUGGAACGACUUUUGCGAAUCCCACUACCUGCGCGAUCUACCCAGCAUGACAAACACCAGCGCCACCGACUACGUUACCUACAGCAACGGCAUGCAAAACUAUGUCGAUGGCAUGAACCACGCUCCCUGGCGUGUGAUGGCGAAGUACUACCUCAACUGGUGGAAGAACGGCAAGGCCCCUGUCAUCACCAUGGACCAAGUCGUCUACUGGUACCGCGUCCACCCCAAGGCUGCAGCAUGUUACGGCGGCUCCUCCAGCAAGAUCAAGAACCAGAACUAUCCCGUUGACGCAGUGUUUGCUUGGGCACUUGUCAAGGACAGGGCUACCAUCUCCAUCAGUGUGGGUGCAAAUCAGUACUGGGAGUUUGAGGCUGACGGCUCUGGUCCUGCUCUUUCGAUGGUGCCUUUUCCUUCGGAUUUGGGGUCUGGUACUGCGCCUGAGGUUAGCAUCAACAGGAACAACAAGGUUGUGCAAUAUUCAAAGGGUAGCAUGCCCAUCACUGCUUCUUGUAGCUGGAGCAACUUCAACGCUCACGUCGAACUUUGCGGCGAAGGCAUCAACAAGGGUCCUUCUUCCUCUUCCUCUUCCUCUUGA